AUGUACAGCUGCCCGCAGCGUCUGCUGGAGAUUUUGACAGUAUCAGUGACGGUGGGCUUGGCGGGAGUGCUGCUCGUGGUGGUCAGCAGCCUUGUCCCGUUUGGCCACACGCAGUCCCAGCCCGUCGUCACCGCCUUCAACGUUUCCACUUCGCCGCUGAUGCGGAUGCGGAUGCCGGUCCUCUAUGCGCAGGAGGUGUCACCACCACCACUGCAAGACUACGUAUUUUUUCGUUUCACGCUCAGGGCUGACUUUUCCCCUUUAUGGGACUGGAACACAAAGGCAGUGUACGUCGCCUGCGUCGCCCGCUAUAGCACAGACCAGUACGUCGUGAACGAAGUGACCCUGCUGGACACCUUGCUGAAAAGCAGGACGGCGGCGGCGGAGUGGCAGCUUGACAACGCCGAGAAGUACCCGCUGGAGGACGCCCGCCUCGGGGCCCUGGCUGGGGUACAGGUCCAGCUCUCCAUUCGCUACCAGGUGCUGCGGUACUGCGGCUACUCUCCCACCUUUGAGAUCUCACCCGUGGGAAACGUGUUCCCGGUGUUUACGCUUCCGCGAACAUACGCCUCUUCGCUGCAGGACGGACAUGUAGCACACACAACGUAA